AAAGCCCCGUCUCCCCACAACCAUUCCUGCUUCAAUCACAUUUCCCAUAGCGACCCAGACUUCUCUUUGAUCUAGGCCGCACCCGCGUUUGGCCCAUUUCUAUCAUGGCCGCCCUUCAAGACGACGAGAAGACUGCCCCAGUCCAUCUCGAAUAUGACAGUCAUUCCCCAGCCGACAAUAGCAUUGAAGAUAUUGCUACCAGCUGGUUUGUCUGGCUCGUGUCAUUUACGGCGUCCAUCGCCGGUAGCCUGUUCGGCUAUGACACUGGCAUCAUCUCUGCGGUCCUGGUCUACCUAGGAAACGAUCUCGACGGCCGACCUGUGUCGGAGAAUGAGAAACAGCUAAUUACCAGUCUCUGCUCUGGUGGCUCAUUUAUCGGCGCGAUUAUUGCUGGACUUACUGCUGAUAAGUUUGGGAGAAAGCCUGCUAUCUAUGUUGGCUGCGUGCUCUUCACCGUCGGCGCAGUCCUGCAGGGAGCAGCAUACACCAUUGCGCAAAUGUCAGUUGGCCGCCUGAUUGUUGGAUUCGGAGUUGGAUCUGCCUCGAUGGUUGUGCCUAUGUACAUCGCCGAAAUAGCACCUACAAAGGUCCGGGGACGUCUGAUCGGCCUGAAUAACAUGUCCAUCACCGGCGGGCAAGUCCUCUCCUACGGAAUCGGCGCGGCCUUUGCACACGUUCCACAUGGAUGGAGAUAUAUGGUCGGCCUUGGGGGUCUCCCCUCGAUCAUCCUGGCAUGCCUACUCCCCUUCUGUCCCGAAUCCCCCCGUCAGCUCGUCUACCACGACAAACCUGAAGAAGCAGAAGCCGUAAUACGGAAAAUCUACAAAGGCGCGUCAGACGAGCAAAUCCAAUCCAAAGUCCGUCUCAUCAUCGCUGCCUGCGACGAGUCCAAAGAACUAAACAAGGACGCAACGCGCUGGUCCAAGAUCAAGCUGCUCCAUACCAACCCAGCCUACUUCCGCGCCCUCGUCUGCGGCUGCACGUUCGCAGUCAUCGCGCAGAUGUCCGGAUUCAACACUCUCAUGUACUACUCGGCAACGCUGUUCGACCUCGUCGGCUUCUCCGACCCCGUCGCCGUUGGCCUCGUCGUCGCAGGAACAAACUUCGUCAUGACCUGGGUCAACAUGAUGACUGUCGACCCCAUCGGCCGCCGCCGCAUCGUCCUCCUAACAUCCUGGGGCAUGUCAGCCGGUCUUAUCGCCGUCGCGGCGGCAUUCCACUUCAUCCCCGUCGACACAAACACCCUCGCGCUGGAGACAGACACCGUCAGUCCCGCCGCGAUUGUCGUGCUCAUCUUCAUCAUCUGGUUCGUCUUCUUCUACGGCGUUUCAAUGGGUAACACCGCCUGGAUGAACACGGACUUCUUCCCCAUGGAAGUCCGUGCGAUGGGCACAAUGUGGCUUACCUGCUGUUGCUGGGCCUCGAAUAUCAUUGUCUCGAGUACGUUCCUGAGUAUGAUGAAGGGGAUUACCCCCAGCGGGGCGUUUGGGUUCUAUGCCGCUAUUUGUGGGAUUGGGUAUAUCUUGAUUUAUUUCUUCUAUCCGGAGGUAUCUGGGUUGACGCUGGAGGAGAUCAAGGAGGUGUUUCAGCAUGGGUUUGGCGUUUCUUAUGCGAGGCAGUUGAGGAAGGAUAGGAAGGCUGGGAUUGUUAGGGAGGUUGGGAAGAAGGAUGUUGAAGUGUAGAUUCCAUUAUAUGGUUAGUAUAUUGGGUAUCACCUACGAAAUGUUGAGCAAACUAGAUCAACACCAUUCCAUCAAAGAGUCAUUUACAGCUGGAUCAUGAUCGGUCUAUAGGGCUCUAAGGUUCUAAUGGAAACAAGCAAUAAGGGAGAAGAAAUCCAAAUAAAGCAAGACCAUUUUAUUAACCAUACCAUUAGAGAAUCCAUUCCACCUCCUAUGUCAUAAAUACAUAUCCAUAUCCAUAUUUACAUCCAGAAACCCACUCUAUGAAAGCCGAACGCCUAGAGCAAGACAGCAGCGGCACCAACAGCCAUCACGACAAC